UUAAUCAAUUUUGAAAAUCCUAUUGUAAAUAUAUUUUGCUUUUUUCCAGUUUCUCCCUUGGAGAAUUAUUUUGUACAAAAUUAAUUGGUAAGUUGAAUGGUUGGCCUUCAUUUUUUGAGGUGGAUGCAUUUGGGGGCUGGAUCAGAGAGGCAAUGCUCUGAAAUGUCGUCGUCCACCAAGUGGGCAGGGCAUCCUGACAGGGACCUCUAGUCCAUAAACCAUGGGGCACGACACUUUAUCAGAGAGAUGCCAUCCCCAAACGCUAUAUAAAACUAGCAACCUACCAUCUAUCUCUGCUAAUAGAAAGUAAAUUUGUGAGACUAGAGACUCUUAUUCACUCCUAUGUCUCUAAUGGCUACAACAGAGCCUGGCACAAGGUAAGUACUUAGUAAAUUGAUUGAAUAGAUGGAGCCAGGUAUUGUGCUUCAACUAUGGUGGCUUCCAGCUGUGCCACACUUUCCAUGGGAAAGAUGCUCUGAAGCAGGGAAGGGGUGGAAGUGGUAACACAAACCUCUAGCUUUGCUUCCUUCUUUAAGGUCCAUAAUUCUUGAACAUUUUGAGACUGACUUUCAAAAGUCUCAGAUAAAGUAGGGGGAGAAAAGAUUGUUCUAUUUUUCUAACCCACCCAUCUCUUCCUUUUCCCAUUAGUAGAGUCUGAAUGUGACUCAUGUGCUACAAUCUAUGUCUGACUCAAGACAGACACAAUUUCUAAGAAUCCUAUCAUGAAUGACGUCUAAACUCCGGCAUCCUUUCGUUUACCUAUUAUAUAAACCCAGAUAGUCAAUUGGAUUUGUUUAAAUCAAAAUCCUUUGCACCAAAGAUGUAGCUCUCACAUUUUCAACAGAUUCCUACAGUUAGCACAUUUUUGUUCAGAGGUUGAAAGAAUAUGAGAAUUGAACUAUUUUUUUUAAUAAAAAAAAAGAUCUAAAAUUCUAGUUUUUCAAACAAUGUCCUGCUGAUGCAGUAAACCACAACUAAAGUGGUAUUAACAAUGAUGGACCAGUUGGAAAUCAUUUGUGUGUAUAUAUAAUAAAUAUUAAAAAAGACACAGAACUUGAGUCUCUUUGGAAAAUCAGAUGCUAAGUAGCCCCUGGAGCCCAGUAGCUGUUAUGAAAGCAGAGGCACCAUCCCAUUGGCCGAGGGGAUUUACCCAGAUGUCUGGCUUUCACAUAAAAAGGCAGGAACCACUGAAGUCAGUUUCCACUUCCACUCAAAGGGCAAUAGCAUAAGCAGCAAAGAAGGCGAUGGCAAGACUACUGUUACUUUUCCUUCCAGGUCUUGUGGCCAUAGGCACUGUGCAUGGAAUAUUUAUGGACAAACUAGCCUCCAAGAAGCUAUGUGCAGAUGAGGAGUGUGUCUAUACUAUUUCUCUGACCAGAGCUCAAGAAGAUUACAGUGCCCCAGACUGUAGAUUCAUUAAUGUUAAAAAAGGGCAGCAGAUAUAUGUUUACUCAAAGCUGGUAAAAGAAAAUGAAGCUGGAGAAUUUUGGGCUGGCAGUGUGUAUGGUGAUGACGAUGAGGACGAGAUGGGAACGGUGGGUUAUUUUCCCAGAAACUUGGUGGAGGAGCAACACGUGUACCAGGAAGCCACCAAAGAAGUCCCGACCACGGUAAGUGUCUCAGAGGUGGCCAGAGAAAGACUCAGUUCUUGGCAUAAUGCAGGCUAGUAUUUAACAUGCACCAUGUAGCUCAUAACACAUACAGAGCAAAGCCCCAGGUUCCCAUGGUGACUUCUGAGACAGAAAGGUUUGGGAGAGCAUCCAUACCUACUAUCAAGGUUGAAAGAGUAUUGAACUUUCUCCACUGACCUUCUCCCACUUUUGUUUUAGUUGAAAGUAAUUCAUGUCACAAAGAAAGAAACCAAAAUAGUAUCAUCUGACUCUUACUGAUGGUCACAUAUUUAUUUGCUAAAGACUUGGGCUGGGGAAAAAAUAUAUCAUCUGUAUUUAAUAAAAUCAAUACAUUUUGGGAAAAUCUUUGAAUACCUUAUUUUUUGUGGUAGACUCCACUUAUGUAUAAAAAAAUAAAUUACACUCUUUCCAAUGCCCUUGGAUCUUGUAAAGCCAAGACAGAAUUAAAAGAUCCCCUUAGAGCUACUUUGUAAGAUGGUUAUUUUAAAACAAAAUAAUUUCAAAACGUUGCCCUACCUAACCAAAUGGGACUCACUUGUCAUCACCUGUUAGCAUUGAAAUUGAAUGUGUCAAAUAAGCAUGCAUUAAAAGUGUAUUUCAGAACUUUCAUUUUAAGUACUUUUACUUUAAAGUGAUAAUUAUGUCAUAAUCUUUGGGUUUCAACCUUUACUUAUUUUAAGUCCAAAUGAACCUUUGAUUAGGUAAGAUUUUAAAUAAAGAAUCUACAUCUGUUUUCUGGCCCCACCUCUCAGUUCAUUCUCUUUUUCUUUUUGUUUCUGUUCCAGGAUAUUGACUUUUUCUGCGAGUAAGAACUUAGACAAAUCUGCAAAUAGAAAGAAAACAUCAAAAUUAAGAAAAAAAGGCAAACAAUAAAGAAACUCCAAAUUCUGUGUCUCUUACUUUGGACUUUGGUUUCCAGAAUUUGUUACCUUACAGGAGGAUUAGGGUUUGGGGCCAGAGAAGGCAGAAAAGGAAGGGCUUCAACUCAGUCUGCCUUUCUGUUGGCUUAGUUUCAGCGCAAGUGGGUGAUUGGAAGCAGAGGAUUGCUUGUCAGCCUUCUCUUACAUGGGGGUGCUUAGAGAAGAUGGUUCGUCCGUAGCUACUUCUAAAUAGUAAUUCUUCCCUGCUCUCUGGCUCCCUGUAUAAGCCUGGUAGAUCACACAGGUGUUCCCUUUGGACAUGCUGUUUUCUUCCUACGUGACUUUCUUGAAAAUUAGAAUGCUAUAAUUUACUCAAAGGCACUGUAUCAUCAGGGAGUACUCCAGGAUUGUUGUUACCUUUAAUCUUUGAUUGAUGGCUUUGGGUUGUGAAGUUGGGGGGGGGGGGGGGGACUAUUUGGACUCAUAGAUGUGUGAGCGAUGCUUUUAAAUUUACUUUUUUAAAGUCUCACAAAUUAUUUAAUUUGAAUAAAAUUUUACCCUCUAAAUGAUCCAUUUACCCCUCUCCAAAUUUUAAAUAAGUAUGUGUGUACAUAGUGGGGGGUGGGACAGUUUAUAAAAUAUUUUUAAUAAAAUAGUUUCCCUUUAAUAUGUGUUGCCACUUGGUGUUAUUCAAGCUUUAAGGGAAAAGACACAGAAAAA